CCGGGGCCCCAGUCUCCCCACCUGGGUUAGGAGCUGCUUGGCCCCGCGCCCCUUCCCAUCCCUAAGCCUCUGGCAUUCCCCCCACGGUCACCACCUGCCCUGCUGCCACGUGUCUGUCUUGACCUCCCCACCUCUAACCCGAGGGAAGGCAGGCUUAAGCCUGCCUUAUAGGAACUUCCAUCCCCCACUGCCUUAGGAGGGGCAGCUCUCUACCCUGUGACCUCGGCUAUGCCCUUUUUGAAGGACAAUUAACUAGUUGGAUUCCCCAACAUUCCUUGAGUGCCUGAUGUGUGCAGCCUAGGGUCCAUAAGCCAUGAGGAACGGCUACUUCACCAGGCUAAAGGCCAAACGAGAUUAUUCGUGGGUUGGCUAUGAGGCCUACGACAGGAAACUUCACUACAAAUUCUACAAAAGUAUUUGUGUGACAUCUUCAGGCAGCAACGUCAAAGUCCAGGUCAAUGUAGGGGACUUCGUGUUUGUGGAAGGGCAUGACGAUGACAACCCAUAUAUCGCUAAGCUGAUCAAGCUUUGCAGGGAUGUCUCUCCUGAAGAUGCUGAGACCAACUCACAUGCCAUGGUCCAGUGGUUUAUUCGCUUGAGUGAGAUCCCCAUCAGCAAGCGCAAGCUGCUGGGCCGAGAGCCUGCGGCCCAGGAGAUAUUCUGGUUUGACGACCCUCCCAGGGACAUCAGUGUUAGGAGUAUCCUUGGUCCAGUUCAGGUGGUGGCUCUGGCCCCAGAGGAGGCAAUACCGUCGGGGCAGAAAGAUGAACGGACGUUCUAUGUGAAACUGUCCUGGGACAAUAAGAAUUUCCACCCCUUGGCCCCAGAGCUGCUCGCUGAGAUGAAGAAGCCACGUGAGACGAGCCCUCCACGCAAUGCCUCUCCCAGGGGGGCAGGAGCCAGGCGUGCCAGCACUGCGGAGCGGGGAAUUGGACGGAUAGAGUCACGGCAUUCCAUCUCCAAGUCCUGUCCCUCGCGAGAAAUACGAGCUAGCCGGAUCCCCAGUUCUUCCACCCCUCCCCGGGCUAGAAAGCGGCUGGACCUUAGCAGCCCCCAGAGGACACCCUGCAAGUCUCCCUGCACCAGGCCCAAGUCCACCCAGCCUAAGCUUCCAAAUAGUCCCUGUAGCUUUUCAGGACCAACUAAACGGAAAAUGGCCUUCCCUGAGACCCCUUCGCCUUGUAAGAAGUCUCGGGCCAAUGGUGGAAUUCAAGCCCUUCCUGCAGCUCCAAUAGAGGAGAUAAGAAUCGGUCCUCUACGAACAAGUGUGGAGGCAAGCCCUUCCAUGCUCUUGAAGCCAAAAAGGGUAGCUUCCAGUGAUACCUCUGUACUUUCUAGCAGGAGAGUCAAAAAGACUGAGGAGGACCAGACCAAUAGCCCACCAAGGCACAGGAAACAGUUUCUCAAGUCCUGGAGAAAAACUAAAGAGUAUUUAAGUACAUUAGGGAACUACAGAUGUGUCUCCGAAGAUGAAGAUGAAUACAUAGUGGAAGAAGAAAGCUCUGACUCUGACUAUAGCACCGAUGAGGAGGAGACUUCCACACCCCACAAACUCCAGAAAAGACAGAACAUCACGGUUGUUGCCCAACACUCAACCCGAAAGUCUUCUGUCAAGACCACUCCUUCCAAGACCCCUUCCAAGACUCCUUCCAAGACCCCUUCCAAGACCCCCUCCAAGACACGUUGCAAGACUCCCUCUAAGACCCCUUCCAAGACUCCCUCCAAGACCCCUUCCAAGACUCCCUCCAAGACACGUUGCAAGACUCCUUCAAAAACACCAGAGCUCCGAACCCCCCAGAUCCGCAGGCGCAAACAGAAGGCCCAGAAACCCACCAACACACUUGAAGAGGCGCAGAUGAGGCUGCAUGUCUCUUUUGUGCCUGAGUCUCUGCCUUGCAGGGAGCAGGAGUUCCAAGACAUCUACAGUUUUGUGGAAAGCAAACUUCUGGACAGGACCGGAGGGUGCAUGUACAUCUCCGGGGUCCCUGGCACGGGGAAGACGGCCAUCGUGCAUGAGGUGGUUCGUUGCCUGCAGCAGGCUGCCCACAAAGAGGAGCUGCCCUCCUUCCACUACGUGGAGGUCAAUGGCAUGAAACUGACCGAGCCCCAUCAGGCCUAUGUGCAAAUCCUGCAGAAACUGACCGGUCAAAAGGCCACAGCCAGCCAUGCCGCCGAGCUUCUGCAGAGGCGAUUCAGCCGGCCCGCACCCAGCCAGGAGACCACCGUGCUGCUCGUGGACGAGCUGGACCUCCUGUGGACCCCCAAACAGGACGUGCUGUACAACCUGUUUGACUGGCCCACUCAGCGCAGCGCCCGGCUCGUCGUCCUGGCCAUCGCCAACACGAUGGACCUGCCCGAAAGGAUGCUGAUGAACCGCGUGGCCAGCCGCCUGGGCCUCACCAGGAUGUCCUUCCAGCCUUACACCUAUAAACAGCUCCAGCAGAUCGUCGUGUCCCGCCUGGAAGGCGUGAAGGCCUUGGAGGAGGACGCCAUCCAGCUGGUGUCCAGGAAGGUGGCGGCCCUGUCCGGCGAUGCCCGGCGCUGCCUGGACAUCUGCAGGCGAGCCACAGAGAUCUGUGAAUUCUCCAGCCAAAAGCCAGAUUCCUUGGGCCUGGUCAAGGUGGCCCACAUCCUACAGGCGGUGGAAGAAAUGUUUUCCUCCUCUUACAUCAUGGCCAUCAGGAAUGCCUCCAUCCUGGAGCAGGGCUUCCUGAGAGCCAUCCUUGCAGAAUUCCACCGGUCAGGACUAGAAGAAGCGACACUUCAGCAGGUCUACCAUCAGCACGUGGCCUUGUGCAGAAUCGAGGGUCUGCCGCACCCCACAGUGUCCGAGACCAUGGCUGUGUGCUCGCGCCUGGGCUCCUGCCGCCUCCUGCUAGUGGAACCCAGCAGAAAUGACUUGUUACUGCGCGUACGCUUGAACGUCAGCCAGGACGAUGUGCUCUACGCACUGAAAGAAGAAUGACAAAGCCAGGAGAAAAGACAUAAUUUAUUACAAAUUGUUCUUUUUUUAAUUUAGUUUUUAUUUUUUUUAAACAUGGGGAAUGUGUUCAUGCUGAACAGAAAUAGUUUUAUCAUGUGUCUAAAAUUUUACAUUAAAUAAAUAUUUAGUUUUCAUCUAA